CUCGCGCUCGCGCUGGCGCUGGCGGGGCUGCUGUCAGUGCGACUGCUCUUCGUUCCUCAGACGAGAGGCUGCUCCGGUGUUUCUCGGAGAAGAUUUCCCAAGUUAAAUCAAGAUGUUUAUAUUGAACCCUCCUUCCAAUCGAGAAAGACUUGAACUUGGCUGGCUUUGGAAAACACGUGAAGUGCAGGGUGCAAAACACAAUAGUAGGACUUGAAGCUUAAACCUUUCUCCCACGUAAAGCUUAGGAUUUAGGUAUUUUUCAGCAUGCUAAGAAGUUGUUUCUUAGUGAGCAGGCAGGCCGAAUCCAGGUUCAAGAGUUUGUACGCAAGAAUGCUGCUAAUGCACUUUCUCUCUCAAAUCUUGUAAUGGGGCUGUCUUCAAUCUUAUGCAUCUUAAAUGGGCAACACUUCUAUGCUUGUUGGUUUCUCCUUUUUGGAUUUCUUCUUGAUCUGGCUGAUGGAGCUGUUGCUAGACAACUUAAUGCUUGUUCUGCUCUUGGAGCCAAAAUGGAUGACUUUGCAGAUUUUACAACAUUCGGGAUUGCAACUUCACUAUUACUGCAGACCCAUGGCUUACUGAGCAAUAUUUUCAUCAUCUGCUAUGUGAUGGCUGUAUUUGCACGUCUCUGUUUCUUUUCUAGUGGAAUUCCAUUUGUCUAUCGUGGCUUACCAUGUCCCUAUGCUUCAGCUAUCCUAUCCUCCACAUUUGUCUUGACCAAAGGGAAUUGCUUCUUCCUCUACGUUGCUGCAGUGGUGAUGAUCCUCUUCAUGACUGACCAAGGCAAUUAUCCCCAUGACAAGAUCUUAGAAACACAGCUUUGGAAAAAGGUGGUUUACAUUGGAGGUCUGAUGAUGUUGUUUUGCUGUCCACUGCAACUGACCUGCAUGUACUACCUGAUUUGGUGUUUCUCCUAUACUCUUUUCCCUUGUACUCUGUGGAACUGUGAAUAUUAAUUCUGCGCUGCCCUCUUUAUAUGGACAGGCUUGGUGCUAUCGUUUAGCAACCAGAUUCAAGAUCGGUUCUUUUAAAUGAAAUCACAUAAAGACAAUAUUGUACUUGAAAUGUGAGGGAUUGACCUAUUUUAACCUAGCUGACAGACUGAGUUUCCAUGUCUCUUUAAUUUUUCUGAACAAUAUGGAAGUAUUUAUAUUUUGCAUCCCACUUAUAAUUUAUUUCAUUUACAGUAAAACAUAAUCUCAGAUUUUUUUCAUAGGUCCCCAAAAAACAAGCAGAAUGUAACAUCGCAAACAUGAGAAAAUCUGCAGCUGCUGGAAAUUCAAGCAACACACACAAGAUACUGGCG